AAAUUAACACACGCCUUUCACUAAUAUUCUUUAUUUAUUCAAAGUAUGAGACUUGGCUAACCACCAACAAUGAAUCUUAGUACAAAGUAACAAGUUUAGUGCAUGACUCCUAAGCUUUGUGUAUCAUAUUUUGAUGAUUGCUUUUCAUUCUUUGAUGUGUUAUUGAUAAGCUUGAAGCUUGUUUGUCUCGAAGCAAAUGCGUGUUUGUAUGGGUUGUUACUUGUUUAACGACUGACUUCAAACACAAUUGCAAAAUGAAUUCAUCGAACUUUGUAGCUUAUAUGUUAAUCCUUUUCAAAUAUGUCAAUCAUAUGCAAAAUACUCCUAAGUGAUAUAUGACUUUACGAUCGAAAAUUGAGAAUUUUAAUUUUCUCAAUCCUUAUGUAUCCAUGUCGACAUUAUUUUCAUAUUAGUUUAUCAACAAUCAAAUAAUAAUAAUAAUAAAUUACCUUUAUGAGUGGAAACAAAACAAAAAAGUCUACAAAAAUUUAGUGGAUAGCUUAAGAUAAAAUAUGGGCUUUCACUCCCUUAACUACAAUUAAAAUAACAAAAAAAUAUAAAUAAUCAUUAUUAGGAUUCCAACCCACAAUUUGUGGAUGCUACACUCUAUUUUGUCAAGGCAUUUAACUAGUGAGGCAAACUUUAAUUGAUGACACUAAUCACAUAUCUUAUUUGACAAAGUUCCUUUAUGAGAUUAAUCACAAUAGAAUUGGUGCUAUCGUAUGAUCAAACGUGUUUAACACAUACACUGGCUUCAGAUCAAAAUAUUUUCGCUCCAUGUAAAUAAAUAAUAUUAAUAAAAUUACCUGUCCAAUGACUGAGAAUAAAGGCAGUUGAAUAUAAGAACUUGAUGGAUAGACAUUUUGACAAAAAAUUACAUAGUCUAGACUCUAGAGCAUAGAAAAAGCUUAAUAGUAACUUUGAAUCUCGUAUAACUCUCGAAGUUCUUCGAACCUCAAUAUAUUUCGAAUAAAGAAUAAUGUGUCAUUGCAUCAAUGAUAAAAAAAAAAAACUAAUAAUUGAGGUGUACAUUUGGAAAAUUUGCAUACUAGAGAGAUGGGACGUGAAUUAACCGAUAAUUAAAUAAGAAAGUAGGAAUAUUGGGUUAGAAAGAAGUCGGAUAGAUAGAAUAAAAUAAUUAACGACGAAUUUUCUUUUGAAAUUUGGCAAGCACAGGCUGCACAGCAAGUUAACAAAAAAAAAAAAUCGGAAUAAAAGGAAGAGCCCUAACGAAUACAAAUUCAAGACGAGGGAUUCUGAAUUGUUGCGAGAAGAACGAAGGUAGGGGAAGAAGAUGGUCCUGUACUUCAAAGCACGGCCAGAGGUCGGCGAUUACACCAUUUUCAUGGGAUUCGACAAGUUCGAGAACGAGGAACUCAUCAAAUACGGCUUCCCCGAAGACGUUUGGUUUCAUGUCGACAAAAUGUCUUCAGCCCAUGUUUAUGUAAGGCUGCACAAGGGUCAGACUUUCGAUAAUAUAAGUGAAGGAUUACUUGAGGAUUGUUGCCAGCUUGUCAAAGCAAAUUCCAUUCAAGGCAACAAGGUUAACAACAUUGAUGUUGUUUACACUCCCUGGUCAAACUUGAAGAAGACAGCUACAAUGGAUGUUGGUCAAGUUGGCUUUCACAAUUCAAAGAUGGUUCGUACAGUGAAAGUGGAGAAGCGGAUUAAUGAGGUGAUCAACAGACUGAACAAAACAAAAGUAGAAAGAACGCCCGAUUUGAGAGCCGAGAGGGAAGCUGUAAAUGCAGCAGAAAGGGCUGAGAGGAAGCUUCAACUCAGAGAUAAAAAACGACGGGAGGAGAUGGACAGGAUGGAAAAGGAGAGGCAGGCAGAGGUGAGGAGCUACAAGGGAUUGAUGGUGGCAGAGAAGAUGACAUCCAACAAGCAGAUCGCAUCGGAGAGCAAGUCUCUGCAGGAGAUGGAAGACGAUUUCAUGUGAGCCAAAACGAACGAGCACCCGAAGAUGUUGUACCAAAAUAUGGUUUAUGGCCCUUCCAUCGCCCCCCGUCAAGAGAAGUGGAAAGUAUCGUUCUGCCUCUGUGUGCCGGAGAGCCCCAAAGUCUAGCUCCUCCUAUCAUUCUCGCUUCUGUGUUACCCAUCUUCUGUUAUUUUCAUUUCAGAACCCAAAGAAAAAGGUUAAAGAGUACUUCUGACUUCUGAGUGAGAAAAGGGAGGGAGACUGACCCUAACAUUUUGAAACUUGGGAGAGGGAAACCAUAAAAUUGUUUCAAAGUGAUUUGCUUGGUUUCUUUGGGACACAGCAGAAGCAUAACUUGGCAUGUCUCUGUAGUAAAUGGAAAUCUGGUCUAUAUUCUCCUUUUGGAGAAAUGCUCAAUGUGUUGCAAACCGAGAACGAACCCGAUUCGGUUUGGGAUCAACCAAAAACCGAGAAUGGACCGAAAACCCCUUGUUCAUUAGGGAAAGAACGAAAAAAACUCUCUACGCAAGAUAAACACUAUCAAAAUGGUUCGGCUAUUGAACGAUUUAGGCGCUUUGUCACAUCUAGAUUACAAUAGUUCGACUAUUGUACGAGAUAGGCGUUGCGUCGCAUCUAGAUUACAAUUCAUGAAGAGUCAUGGGACCUCUCUCUUUCUGAUUCUGCGGAAGUGAGACUACAUGGAGAGUAACUGAAAAAUGAAAUUCCAACCGCGAA